AUGUGGCCAGAGCAGACAGAAGUAUCUACAUGCCACCCACCUGAAACACCUGAAGAAGUUUUAACUACAGUUGUCAGUAAAGAAGCUACUUGUCCCAUAGAUGUCCGUAGGUUCACUUCCCUUCCUAAACUUAUAAAUGUCACUAAAUUAGUAAUUAAGUUCACUAGGCUCCUUAAGCGUACAAUUGAGAAUCGUAAAACUAAGAACUCGGGACCUGUAAACUCUGAAAAUGAUGAAGUACAAAACUCAGAAGUUUUACGAAUUCUUAUUGGCUUCACACACAGUCAGUACUUCCCAGAGAUGUCAUACCUCAACAAGAAUUCCCUCAAAAUUCCAACCAGAGUUAAAUGCCUAGGCUUGUUCCUGGAUGAGAGCGGACUUUUGCGAUGCACUGGGAGACUACAAAAUGCGGACCACCUUUCAUAUAGCAGUAAAUUUCCUCUGCUUUUACCUCCAAAUUCUCCUUUGACUGGACUUAUAGUCAUUCAAGCACAUGAAAAUGUUCUUCAUGCAGGCGUUCAAGACACAAUUUGCAAGGUGAGAGAAGAAUACUGGAUACCAAGACUGAGACAGUGUGUCAAGAAGAUGAAAACAAAGUGUCACCUAUGUAACAGUCUGGAAGGACCUGCCUUGCGCCGGCCUCCUCCACCACCUCUACCAGCUUGCAGAGUGAACAGUCUCCGGCCGUUUGAGGUGACCGGAGUAGAUUUGACUGGACAAAUUCUUGUCUGCAAUCUAGCCACUAAAGAAAUGGACAAGGUUUACAUAGUCAUGUUCACUUGUACCUCAACACAAGCUUGUCACCUGGAAGUGGUAAAAGACUUAACCAGCACUGCUUUUCUCAAUUCCUUCAGGCGAUUCACUGCACAAAGAUCUUGCCCCUGUCGAAUGAUUUCUGACAAUGCCACUAACUUCAAAACUGGUUCUUCCUUGAUUCAGUCUUUGUAUGAUGACACUGACGUGCAGUCCACACUGACUAGGGAAAAUUGUAAAUGGACAUUCAUCACACCUAGGGCACCCCAUCAAGGAGGCUUCUAUGAGAGGUUGGCAGUGUCAAAUCAGCACUAA